AUGAAUUGUAUUCCCAGUCCAAUUAGUGAAAAAAAAAACCAAAAUAAUAAUGAGAAUUGUAUAGGCAAAGAAAAUGUUCCCCAAACAAUCUCUAAAGAUAUUGCAAUUAAGCUGACACCUCAUUCUACGAAUGAAAAGAAAAUUUUAUCUGAGGUGAACUGUAAUAAGAUCGAUACUUUACAACUCCCCCAAAGUAACAUCAAAAGAGAUUCCAUUCACUCAGAAAAAACCAGGAAAAGACAACUUACAAACGACUCAGAUGACCAAGUGGAAUCAAAAGCCAUAAAAAAACCAAAACUUCGUCAAUGGAAAGAUUUAGAUACAUCAGAAAUAAAUGAUCCAUUCAUGGUAACAGAAUAUACAGAUUCUAUAUUUUCUCAUCUUUACGAGAGGGAAACUCAAACACUACCGACGCAUAACUACCUAUUGGAUACAGAAUCUCCCUAUCAUUUGAAAAGUUCCAUGAGAGCUUUAUUAAUCGACUGGCUAAUUGAGGUUCACGAGAAGUUUCAUUGCUUACCUGAAACAUUAUUUUUAGCGAUAAACUUAUUAGAUCGAUUUUUAUCACAAAAUGUUGUCAAAUUGAACAAACUACAACUAUUAUGCAUUACUUGUUUGUUCAUUGCCUGUAAGUUUGAAGAAGUUAAACUACCUAAAAUAGCAAAUUUUGCGUAUGUGACUGAUGGUGCUGCCACUGUCGAAGAAAUUAGGAAGGCUGAACUCUUCAUUCUAACCUCUCUGAGCUACAACGUAUCUUUACCAAAUCCCAUGAAUUUUAUUAGAAGAAUUUCAAAAGCUGACGAUUACUGCAUUGAAACAAGGAACACUGCCAAAUUCAUCAUGGAGUAUUCUUUAUGCUGUAAUAAGUUCAUUCACUUGAAACCAUCAUAUUUAGCCGCUAUGUCAAUGUAUAUCGCCAGAAAAAUCAAAAAUGACAGCUUCAAAUGGGAUGAAACUUUUGUUCAUUACAGUGGUGGUAUCGAUAUUGAAUCAGAUCCAGCAUUUAAAGAUUUCAUCAAUGAAUUAAUUGGCGAUAUUGCCGUACCUGAAACGAAUCUAGAUUCUUUGAGGCUCAAAUUCAAGAAGCCAAAACACGGCAUGGUUUACUUCAAAGUUUAUGACUGGUGCAAACAAAAAACAUCAAAACAUUAG